AUGUCCAUCCUCUCCAAGUCGUUCGCCCUUUUUCUCCUCGUCAGCAGCAUCGUCGUCUCUGUCGAAGGCAACCCUAUCCCUGCCGUUACAAUCGGGUACCGGAUGGUCUCAAAGGAUACAGCCGCCGCCUACGCAAAAAAAAAGAACAAGCUCGACUAUUCGAUCAAGGCUAACGGGGAGCAACUCGGCCCUGGGGUCUACGCCUCCCCAGCUCCAGGAGAGUGGUUCGGUGCAAUGCAAUGCUUCAUCCAAGCCAACGGAGUCGAGUGGGCCAAGGUUCCCAAAGCUUGGGUCCAUCAGUUCUCCAUCGAUAUCGACAAUGGCAAGUCCAUCUGCGGCUCGCGGCUCUUCUGGAAAGAAAAUAGCUUCCUUCGGGAGGCGUAUCUCAAGAGGAGGGGCGCCACCCCCGACAACACCGUCCUUUUCUCGCACAUCGAGACACAUAAAGACACAAUACCAGACCCUAAGAAGGAUAAGGUCCAGAUGCUUAUUCCCAAGGCGGUUGGUGAGAAUCCCAAGUUAGACAUCCGCAUUUAUUGCUACCCUCCUGGAGACGAGAAGAUUCCGAUAACGCCUGUUGCUUGGGAAAGCUGGGGUAUCAAGGAUUACAGAACAGAGUGUAAUUCUGAGGGUGGCUCCUCGUCCAGAACUCCUUCCCCGUCGGGGAGCGGAAAUAGGAAAUCAACACCUCCACCCAAGGCCGGUUCCCCGAAACCCGGCUCACCCAAGCCCGCCUCCCCAAAUUCUGCGAGCCCUAAGCACGCCUCGUCGAAGCCUGGCUCAAAGCUCCCUUCGCCUGGCCCCGGCCCCAAACGGGUGAAGCGCGACUUGUCGUCUCUCGAUUUGGAGAGACGCGCCUUGCAGCGACUGUCGUAA